AUGGCACCUCUCGCCCGGAAUGCAGCUGUACAGGUCGUGAAGAACUUUCGUAUGCGCGAACUCGAAGGCCUUAUGACCCACCUCCGUGUUUUUGGACCUCUUCCUGAAGUGUCCGACCCCACCGCCUCUGCUGCUGCCGCGAAGAUUGGCAAGCCCGUCAUCAACCUCCCAAAUCCUUUCAUUCCUAGGAAGAACCCGAAGACGAACAAAUGGCGCGAACCCAAGUACUCGUUACGGCGACAGGCCGAUCUGGUGAAGAAGGCGCACGAACUUGGUCGGCUAGACGUCAUCCCUCCAGGGCCGAAGAAGAACGCAUUCGAGCUGAGAAUGAAGCGGGUUCAGGAGUCUCUCCCCGCGAAUCUGCCGUUCAAUGUGGAGAAACCGGAACCAUACCGCAUUCCGAAGACGUGGAAGGAACGCAACUUGGAUUGGAAAAUCAAGGAGAAGAAGAUCCAUAUAGGCAUGUUCGAGGACGACCCGUGUUACUUCGAGGAGGAGCUCGAAAGGUACCUGCCUCAGUUCAAGCUCGACGAGGUCGCCGAGGCGAACAAAGACAACCUGCAGGAGACGCCGGAGGAGGCCGAGGCGCGGAAGGGAAGGCUGGACAACAAGGAAUUGCUCGACCUGGAGAUUGACAGCGCAAUAGGCGAUGCAGAGGUCUGCAGGGAGGAGCUGGCUAAGUUGGUGGCUGAGAAGGAGGCGUACAUGAAGGAGCAGGCAGCGCUGACACCCUGGGACACACCCGUCGCGUGGGCAGGCGAGGUCAAGGACAAGAAAACACCUGGUUCGGAGCUGGGUACGCGUUUGUAUGCGGGAAAGAAGCGGAUGUUCAAGGGACACCUUUGGGAACGCGAGCUGGCACACAGGCGGCGCAGACACAGUAUUCUCAUGCGCGACAUGGAGGCCCGUGUUGAGCGGUACAAGACUUACUACAAGAAGAGGAAGCCAAAUCCUCUCAAGCCUUCGAGAUACUCAAAACCACCCAAGCUUCCCUUCUAA